AUGAAGACAAUUAAUAUAGAUCGUAACUCACAAGAUGCAUUUUACCGAUACAAAAUGCCUGAAGUGGAAACAAAGAUAGAGGGAAGAGGAAACGGGAUAAAGACUGUUCUGGUGAAUAUUGAAGAGAUAUCAAGAAGUCUGGACAGAGAGCCCAAGCAUCUCACAAAGUACUUGUCGUACGAGCUGGGCACGCUCUCCAGCAUAGACGACGCAAACUCCAAAUACAUAAUAAAUGGAGCACACGACAAAGAAAAAGUGCAAGCACACAUAUUUAGGUUCAUCGAAGAGUUUGUUCUGUGCAAGUCCUGCGAAAGAAACCCCGAGACAGUUCUCUUCACAGACAGCCACAGAAAACACAUCCAGCAGAGGUGCAAGGCGUGCGGUAAAGUAAAUACCGUGAAGACACAGAACAAAAUGGGGAAGAUCCUUCUGAAAGAGCUUCCAGAUAAAGCAGAAGCAAACAGACUAGAGCCCAAAGAGUUCGAUGACAUAGAUGACUUUGAAGUUGACUAUGCCUUUGGAAAAUAA